AUGAUUGCGUUGUUGGCUCGCGCGCGCUGCAAGCACUCCUCCAACAAGGUGCAGGAUGUUUCCCAGCCCUGGCCCGAGCUCGAACCCGUCAAGGUGCCGCCGCAGGGGGAAGUCCGCUGGCACCGCAAUGUCGUACGCUUCCCGCCAGAGGUCGCCGUACAGCUCGAGGAAAGCCCGGCCGGCUCUGGCGGUGGUGGCUCCCGCACCUUGGUGCUGAGCGGCAAGGCGGGGACCAUUCGCCUCAAUAUGCAGUGGUUGUCACCGCCCACGGUGAUUGCCACAACCGAAAUCGAUUAUUCCGGGGCUGGUAAGGGGGCGGGCGGGUGGCUAGUGGCAGGACUAGGACUAGGGCGGUGGUUGGCAGGUGGUGGAGGUGGAAGCCACCACGGGAAUAUGGGAGACAGCAGCGGAGCAGCAGCCAAACAGCCCUCGCAGCCCCCCUCCAAACCCCCCGCUGCUGCUGCUGCUGCUGGUGGUGGCGCUACCGGUGUUGCUGGUACUGGUCGCAGCGUGUUGGUGUUGGUGGGCCCCAACAAGUCCCGGUUCGACGAAGCGGUUGAGUCCAUCAACAGCGCCAUCCGCGGAGUCAUGAGCGGGUACCUGGUGGGCCUUACGGUGAAGGGAGUGGGGUAUCGGAUGGAGCCGGUGGAGGAUGACAGGGGGGAGGUGGCGAGUCGUGUCCCCCAGCUCAGCUAUGCGCAGCUGCUCAGGAGGUCCCGGGCGCCGGGGGGCCCCCGCCCCAAGCCCUACUACUUCGAAGCCGCGGGGGAGGAGAAGAACGUUAUCAACUUUCCGUACAGCAAACCCGCAUCAGCCAUCCGACUCAAGGUGGGCUACAGUCGUACAGUCGUGUACCCGCUACCACCCCACAUCCGUGCCUUCUGUCUCAAGCCCACCCUGGUGUACUUGUACGGCCUGGAAAUGGACGAGCUCCAGCGUGUGGCGGCCGAGAUCCGGUCCAUCCGCAAACCCAACCCGUACACGGGCAAUGGGGUGCAGUAUGUGGACGAGGUCGUGAAGCUCAAACAGCGUGCACGUGCCAAGUAG